AUGGCUGCCUGGUGUAUUUCAGCCCCUGCAGAGAAGAGGGGAGGCUGCCCCUGGCCGAGCCCCUGGGUCGUUGCUGUGAUCUCCAUCCUGAUCCUCAGCGCCUGUUUCAUCUCCAGCAUCCUCGUUACCUGGCGUUGGGACACUAGGACACGGCAUGAAGAGCAAGAGAAACUGUCUUGGCUGCGCCGGUAUCCGAAGGAAAAAACUUGUGUUUCAGAGGCAGGGAAAGAGCAAGUCUGGACGUGCUGCCCCAGGGGCUGGGAGCUCUUUCAGGCCAGCUGCUACUACUUCUCUAAAGACUUUAUGACCUGGGAUGACAGUGAGAGGAACUGCACAGGGAUGGGCUCCCACCUGGUGGUGAUCAACACAGGAGCUGAGCAGGAUUUCAUCUUCACUCGGGUAAAUGGAACAGUUACAGGCAGCGAAGAAAGGAAUUACUGUAUUGGUCUGACUGAUAAGGAGAAGAAAGGACAGUGGCGCUGGGUGGAUGAGACUCCAUAUAACGAUACUGCAGCGUUCUGGAGACCUGGGGAACCCAAUAAUGAGCCCAGUGAGUACUGUGCUGUCAUGCAUGUGGAGGGAAAACAAACCAAACAUGGAAACAGGAAUUGGAAUGACAUCGCAUGUUUCAAACUAUAUAAUCGAAUUUGUGAAACUGCAGCACUUAUAUUUUGA